AUGAAGUCUUUUUGUCGUUCUUUUUCCUCCAUUGCAGUUAGACGGCCAAUUGGUGAAAAUAAUUCACGACUUCCUUAUCGAUGUCUGUUUGCUCCAGCAUCAGCACCGCACCACCCUAGAAAACGGAAUUUCAUUUCUUCCAACGCUGCUCUCCAACAAGAUGUCACAUUUUCCAAUGGUGAGCCAACGAUCGAGGUGAAACCAGUUCAGAAAAGGAAACCUUUACGAUCGCCAGCUGGAAAGGCGAGUUUAAGAAGGGUGGCAGCGGAAGCUCAAAGAUCCAGACAGAAUUCAACUCGACCUGAAGCCACCUCUGAAAAUGUCGAAGGCACAAACAGAGUUACUGCUAUCUCCGUGGCAGAUUAUUUUGAUAUGGAAGCUGUAGCUCGAAUUCUACGAUCGCAUGGUUUCUCAAUUGACCCGGAUGAAACUGGUUUUGAAUCCGAUGAGGUUAUACACACUCGAGGCGUCAACAAUGGGGAUAUAUUUGUGUUUCCUUCGGGCUCAGUUGUGGCAUGGUCCUUACCUAAGGAUGUGGUUACAGAUCUGGCAACCAGGACCCUGUUACCGGCCGCUAUCGAAUCACAUGUGGGUGAUAUUGAGAUAGAAGAUUUGGAAUGCGAAGAAGACCCCAAACGGGAGAACAGCAGUAUCAGAGGAGAUAUUAUUGUUUUAGGAACGAAGGACUCGCCAAGUGAGGGACGCCUAAGCUCACAAGUCGACACAACUCUUGCGAAGAUCGCCUUUUCCUCCGGCCUUGCUCGGUCUACAAAACUUGCGGUCCUUGAGACUAUGCUGUCGAAAUACUUCGAAUCUACUAAAGCUAUACCUACGUUACUCUCGCGAGGGUCAAGAUUACCUUUUAAUCGGCAAUUUAUGCUACAAAAGACUGGAGAGUUACUCGAUUUACGGGCGCGGUUGAACCACUAUUCCGAGCUUACGGAUUCACUCCCCGAUUUAUUUUGGGACAGUCGGCAUGAAUUAGGUCUAGAAGGGUACUACGAACAGGUCGGAAGGGCUCUUGAUGUUGGUGUGCGGAUUAAGACUUUGAAUCAGAAGAUGGAUUAUGCCCAGGAAAUUGCAACAAUUCUUCGGGAGACGAUGAGCGAGAAACACAGCAUUCACCUCGAGUGGAUCAUUAUUGUUCUCAUUGCUGUGGAGGUGGGUUUUGAGCUUCGGAGAUUAUGGAAAGAGCGAAGUGAACGACUGGAAAAAGAGAAGGAGAAGGAAAUUGGGACAUGA